AUGAAGCACCCUAGAAAUUUUGCUGCUUUGGAUCCAUCCUGGGGCACCCCCGGAUCUCCAAUCCUCUGGAACAUUUCGAAGUUCUCAGCUUUUUCAUUUUUGGCUUACCGGGGGGUUGAUACAUACGUGGUUUGUGAUCUGGGUUUGAUUCAAUUUGGGGUUUCUAGGGUUGUUAUUGAAAUGGUCUAUUUCCAUAGCUCGAUCUCUCUUUGUAACUCCUCCGUUGACCAACCCAUGGCGAAUUCCCUCGAUUUCGCGAAAUCGAGGCACCGGAAAACCCCCAAUUCCCCUCAGUAUCCUCCGUGCCGGCGAUCCCGGUCAGCGGUGGUUGACGUCGUGAUUUUCGUGGCGGUCGUAGCCGCUUUUGGGUUCUUGCUGUUCCCCUAUGCCCAAAUUGUGGCGAGUGAGAGUGUCAAAAUUGGUGCUGUGAUUGUGGAUUUGGUCAAAGAGGAGGUUUCUGUUGCCCCUUGGGUUUACAUGUUCAUUGGUGUUAGUGUUACGUUUGCUGCAUUGACUACUUGGGUUCUUGUGGCUUGCACCACAAGGAAGUGUGGGAACCCCAAUUGCAAGGGUCUGAGGAAGGCUGCAGAGUUUGACAUUCAGUUGGAGACUGAGGAUUGUGUGAAGAAUUCACCUUCAUUGACUAAGGAUGGUGGAGUUAAGAAGGGGUUGUUUAAGCUUCCUUGUGAUCACCACCGAGAACUCGAGGCCGAGCUCAAGAAGAUGGCACCUCCCAAUGGAAGGGCUGUCCUUAUUCUCAGAGCAAGGUGUGGCUGUUCUGUUGGUAGGUUGGAGGUUCCUGGACCGAAGAAGAAUCGAAAGAUCAAGAAGUAG